UCCCAGAUACCAUGGUGCAUUUUACGGCUGAGGAGAAGGCUGCUGUUGUUAGCCUGUGGGCCAAGGUGAACGUGGAGUUGGUUGGAGGCGAGGUCCUCGGAAGGCUCCUGGUUGUUUAUCCAUGGACCCAGAGGUUCUUUGACAAUUUUGGCAACUUAUCCUCUGAGUCUGCCAUAAUGGGCAACCCCAAGGUCAAGGCCCAUGGCAAGAAGGUACUGACUUCCUUUGGAAACGCUGUUAAACAUAUGGAUGACCUCAAGGACACCUUUGCUGAGCUGAGUGAGCUGCAUUGUGACAAGAUGCAUGUGGAUCCUGAGAACUUCAAGCUUCUAGGCAACAUGAUUUUGAUUGUCUUGGCAACUCACUUCAGCAAGGAGUUUUCUCCACAGGUGCAAGCUGCUUGGCAGAAGCUGACCACUGCUGUGGCUAAUGCCCUGGCCCACAGGUACCACUGAGGUGCUUAUCUAACCAUGUUGGCACCUACUGGAUGGCCCUGUGUUCCAAGAGUCCAUCUCCUGCAGAUGGGCAGUGUCCUGCCCCCUUACUUAAGUGCUAUAUGAUAAAAAUAAAAUAAACAUU